GAACGUCUAUACCAAAAGUUGGUAGAAAUGGUUUGGGUCAAUUACCACCAAGAUAGUGCACAUUAUGGGUGUUUCUGAUUAUAUGUUUAUGUGUUUGCUGAGCGCAUUGCCUGGCCCACCUAGUAUAUCAUUAGAUAAUGCCAACUUGCAGCUUUAUCCAAUAAACAAAAAUAAAUGCCACCAUAUUGACCCGGUCCGAGAUAUAUCUUUUCAGCUAUUUACCAGACAUAAUCCAUUAAUGCCCACACCUCUCCGGAUAGGAGACGAUGAAGCCCUGGAGAAUUCGCAUUUCAACUUCUCCGAACCUACAAUUUUCUUCUUCCACGCAUUCUUUGAAUCAUAUCAACUUAUUCCGGCUACCUACAUUAGAACAGCUUAUACACAACGAGGAGAUCACAAUAUCAUCCUACUGAAUGCACCUCGUUUGGAGGCAGGUCCUUGGUACUUGACUGCAGCACAAAACACCCGAGUUGUUGGAGAAUACACUGCAGAAUUCAUCGAUUAUCUAGUUUCCAAAGGACUUUACUUGCCCAGUUUGCAUCUAGCCGGAUUGAGCUUAGGUGCCCAAAUGGCUGGUGUUUGUGGACGAAAUGUAAAGAGCGGAAGAAUAAGAAGAAUAACUGGUUUGGAUCCUGCUGGACCUCUAUUUACCAAAUGGCCUAAAAGCCUUAAACUAGAUGCAAGUGAUGCGGAAUUUGUCGAUAUAAUUCACACUGAUGCAGGCAUUUUCGGUUAUCCAAAUCAAAUUGGUCAUGUGGACUUUUGGCCUAACAGAGGCAUAGCACCGCAACCAGGAUGCAACCUGAAGGAGGUCAAAAAAAGGAACCCAGACGCUCUUUUAGAAUAUGCUUUCUGCAGUCAUUGGAGGUCGUACCAGUUCUUUGCAGAAUCAGUAAUAAAUCCGCAUGCUUUCUUGGGUGCCAUAAAUUGCGAUAAUUGGGACGAUUACGAAAACGAAAUUUGCAACGAACAAAAUAAUUUUACUUCGCCCAUGGGACUUUAUGUUGACCUCAGGGCUAGAGGCAAUUUCUACAUAAGAACCAAUCCAGAAUCUCCAUAUUCAAAGACGUAGCAAAAACUGGCCUCUAGAAAACUAAAUUGACUACACAAGAGAACGGUUUUUAAUGCAAGCGUAUUGCAAUAAACUAUUAUUUUAAAUGCAAAUUAGUUGAAUUGAAAAAAUAUGGCUAAAUUAGAAAAUUAGUUAAUUUUCUCUAACUUUUAUUGCCUCAAUCAUACGUUAGAACUCUAGAAUGCACAGUAUUUUAAAGAGUCAUUAUUUCCAAAAGAAUAGCUAUAAAAAAGAAAAGUUAAUAUUGAAUGUUCCUUCUUAAAUUUUUUGUAAAUUAUGAAAAACAUUUUUAUAAGUUUCAAAUUUUAAGCUGUUUCAUUUUAAUUGAUUAAAAAUUCACAUUUGUUCUGAAUGUUUUGUAGUGCUUUAAGAUUUGCGGUUGGUAAUAUACAGGGUGUCCCGUAA